ACGCCCUCUGCUUUUGGCGGGGUGUCAGCCAUCUUGGAAUCCCAUCACCGUGUGGAGCGAGGUUUACCUGUUUCACGCUGCUGCAACUCAUUGAUUGCUUUUUUUUGGUUCAUCGGGAAAAACCGUUGCUCAGAUUCCAACUGAAACCAGCAGACAACGCUCGGUUUUCUGUUUUUUAACUUCGUAGUGAAGCAAACUCAGGAUUGAUCGUCAUGGCGACUGUUCGCGUUACUCCAAGCCGAGAAACUGGUCGGCCAGCGGCCUCCACGCCUCUAUCCCCCACCAGGAUAUCCCGCCUACAGGAGAAACAAGACCUGCAGCAUCUCAACGACCGGUUGGCCGUUUACAUCGACCGUGUCCGGUCGCUGGAGCUGGAGAACGACCGAUUGAUGGUCAAGGUGUCUGAGAAGGAGGAGGUUACUACCAGAGAGGUAACAGGCUUGAAGGCUCUGUAUGAGGCAGAGCUGGCUGAUGCUCGGCGGGUUCUGGAUGAAACGGCUAAAGACAGAGCCAGGCUUCAGAUCGACCUGGGGAAGGUCCAGGCUGACCUGGAUGAAGCCACUCGGAGUUCCAAAAAGAAGGACAACGAUCUUGCUGCGGCGCUGUCCAGGGCCAACGGGCUGGAAGGGCAGCUGAAUAAGAGUGAAGCAACUCUUGCCACAACUUUAAGUCAGAACGCUGCACUCAUUUCAGAACUUGCUGACAUAAAGAACCAGCUGGUGAAGGCUGAAGACAGCCAUGCUGUGGCCAAGCGGCAGCUGGAGGCAGAGACCCUGAUGCGUGUGGACCUGGAGAAUCGCUGUCAGUCGCUCAGUGAGGAGCUGGAGUUCAGAAAAAACAUGUUUGAAGAGGAGAUGCGUGAGAGCCGCCACCGCCAGGAGCAGAGGAUCGUGGAGGUGGACUCUGGAGUCAGGCAGGACUACGAGUUCAAACUGGCGCAGGCUCUGCAGGACCUGAGGAAGCAGCAUGACGAACAGAUUUGUCUCUAUAAGGAGGAGCUGGAGCAAACCUUUAAAGCAAAGCUGGAUAAUGCCAAGAUGUCGUCAGAGAUCAACGACAAGGCCAUGGGCGCGGCCCGCGAGGAGCUGCAGGAAUCCCGAACCCGAAUGGAGAGCCUGGGCUACCAGCUGGCCGCACUGCAGAAACAGGUGUCGGCCUCAGAGGACCGCAUCAGAGAGCUGGAGGACAUCCUGUCUGCAGAGCGCGACAAGCACCGGCGCGCCGUGGAGGCCAAGGAGCAGGAGAUGACCGAGCUGAGAGAGAGGAUGAACGCUCAGCUCAGUGAAUACCAGGAGCUGCUGGACGUCAAGCUGGCUCUGGACAUGGAGAUCAACGCAUACAGGAAGCUGCUGGAGGGAGAAGAGCACAGACUGAAACUGUCCCCAACCCCAUCGGCCCAAGUGACGGUUUCCAGGAUAUCGGGCUCGUCCUCUUCCCGUUCCUCCAAGAGGAAGCGAGGCGAGGUGGAGGCAGCCGACCUGUCAGAGCUGGCCAAGGGAGACGAGCAGCUGCUGGUGUCUGAGGAGGCCACAGCCAGCGGCGCCAUCACCAUAUCACCCACUGACAUGGAUGGAAACGCCGUCACACUCAACAACCAGAGUGAACAGGACCAGCCUCUGGGCAACUGGAGGCUGAAGAGGCAGGUUGAUGAUGGAGAGGAGGUCGUCUACAAGUUUUCCCCAAAGUUUGUUCUGAAGGCUGGCCAGUCUGUCACGGUCUGGUCUGCUGAUGCUGGUGUGGCUCACAGCCCACCCACUGACCUGCUGUGGAAGAGCCAAGCUUCCUGGGGAACAGGAAGUGUCAUCAUCACCUCUCUGACCAAUGUGGAUGGCGAGGAGGUCGCCCGCCGCAACGUCACCAAGACUCAGGUGGAGGUUGAGAACGGAGAUGGGACUGAAGAGGAAAUGGCUCAGAAGGUCAAAGUGUCAUCUAGAGAGUGUGCCAUAAUGUGAAGUCCUCUGGUUAUAUUAAAGCCUUGGAGCUUCUUAAUUCUUUACUCACUUUUUUUAUAUGUUUUUUUUUUUAUUGAAAGACACUCAGAUGUUGUUCAUCAUCUGAUAAUGUUUUUGUUGAUCCAAGAAAUCCUCCUCCAUAUAGAAAUGAGGCUUCUCUUCCCCAGAAUAGAACCAGUAAAACCAGUGGAUCCAGAAGCAGUGUUCCAGUUGAACAUCCCCUCAUUAAUAUCAGAUUUAGACCUAAAUGAGUGAACAUAUUAUUUUUAAUUAUUCUUUUUUGAUCCUCUACAACUGACAGGAGGUCAAAACCUAAAAGACGAGCUCAGCUCAGCGUUUUUCCUUUGAAAACGACACUUCCUUUCAUCUCUUAAAUAUUGUUAUAUUACCAGUUUGCUUAGACACAAACACUUUUUAGACUUGCAUAAGUUAGAAGGAGGACAGAUGGAAUAAUGCUGUUUGCAGGGAUUUGUCAGCUUAACAUUCCCCUGCCAUCAGUCCUCACUACAUCCCUCUUAUCUUUAUUCUGUUACUUUUUCUGUCAUUUAUUCCAAUUAGAAAUCAGUUCAUUAGAUGAUCACCAAAUUCAACAUUUCUGUAUGGAAAUGCUUUUCAAGGUUUAGAAUCUUGAUAUUAAAGAAUGUAUACCAAUUCCAGCUGUUGAUAGAUAUAGAUUUCUGCCUAAGGACAAACACCUGGCGUAGAUUUGGUCUCAUUUAAACUUUGUGUUGGUUUGAAAUGAAAAUGUCUAGAAUGUAUUUGCUGCCAUCGACUGGUUUGUAGUGAGAGAAAUGUAUCCAGUGUGUGUUUAUUUGGCAACAAAGGAGCAUGUGAAACACUAGGAGGAAUGUUUGCUAGCUGUCAGUACAGGAACACGCAAAUGUUUUUUGUUUUUAUUUUUAUUUUUUAACAAUUUUUAAAAAUUAUUUUUCUAAAAUCAGCUUUUUUGCCAAGUUCUUAAGAGCACAUGGGAUGAAAGCAAGUACAUAUUUUAAAACUCAUAUUUUCAGAAUAAAAUUACUCGCAGCCAUACAUCUCAGUAGGAACAUCAGCCGCCUGGGGAAGGGGGAGCUAUUUGUUGGGUCUCUGUUUUUAGCUCCAUAGCAACCGGACAGUAAAAGUCUGACCUGUUGCCUCCUCUACCUCACAUCAGCUCUCCCCUUUAUUUCCAGUUUGUGUGCACCUUCAGGCCAGUUUAAGUCACUAACCAUGAUCAUGUGUAAGCCUUCUAACAUGCAGCUCAGUGUGCUGUUGAACUGGGAGCAAUGGGACUGCAUUUCCACUGUAAAUUCUCUGAACUUUGGGCUCACAGUAAGAGGCAGCCAUGUUGGCCUCAUGACACUAAGAGCAUUUAGGAAUGCCUUUGUCUUCAAAGCCAACAUUAUCUUAGCUUUGGGUGUUUUUGGAUAGCCUCCAGAAACAUCUGCUGACACUAGGUUUGUCUUAAGGAAGACAAAGCUAGCAUCAGCUGUCACACAUCAUCAUCCCACCCUGGUUGGCCAGACACUUUUAUUCUAAGCUACAAAACAUCACAAUCUCUGGAGUUUACCUAGUGGAGAAGGCCGCAUGAAUGUGAGUUAUUGCCUGUUUGUUUGUUUCCUGCCACUGACCAGGGAUGACUAACAUGUCUUCCUGGUGUCCUCUCCACCUUACGCUAUGUCAGAGGUUGAUUGACUUUCAGAAUAAAUCACUUAAAUUAAAAGGUCUUAGCAUCAGUGAAGAGCUGUUUGAAACAGUCAAAGGGACGUUUUUCUUAGAGAAGAGAAUCAUGUUGGUCUACAUUUCCUCUCCCAGUUGCUUGGUGUCAGAUACCAAAGCAGCAGCUGGCAUUAAACCCGGUCAGCUCCAGUCCACAACCAUCAUAGAUCCCUGGACAGGAAGCUCCUAUGAUGCAGUGAUUAAAGUGAUCAUCAUUCAUACUGGUUACUGUAGUAAGUGAGAAAUGUUUGAUUUGGUUUGAGGUAUCUUAGUAACUGACUUGUGUUUGAAUGCUGUGCUUUAUAAUGUUAGUUUGAUUUUUCCUUUUUAUUUUAAGUUUGUGAUUUUGUAAUAAUUGUGUUGAUAUGAUAAUUGAAUUGGGAGUUUUGUAGUGAAAUGUUUGUAGAUUGUUGAUUCUGAAGCAGAACCUGAACAUGUAGCCACAGAGAUAUGAACAUUAGCCUGAUCUGAGAACGGCAGCUUAUCAGCAGAGCACCACCACCUGGCUGCUGCACGUGCUACAGUCUCUGGUAGAGAAGUUCAAACUGACUGUUUCACAUUAAACAAUUAGAUUUUAUGGAGAAAGUUUCAAGUCUCAAAUUUUAAGAGGCACAUUUGCCUUUCAUGUGAGAUAUGACAUGACUAAACACCAAUUCUUUUAUCCAUAAUGACCUGGUAACCUACUUUUUUACAUACAAUAAAGAUUUUACAUUUAA